CGUUUUCGAGUCUUUCGAGAUCGCCAAAUGUCGAAACCAUCGUCAACAAGCUUUGAGAAGGAUUCUCCCGAUAUCAGUAAUCAUGAAGACGAGGACCCCGUUGUUCGCAUUCCAGUUUGGACCGGGAUCGCACUCCGGUUGGCGCUGUUUUUCUACACGGAUGCAUCCUCGUUCUUCAAACAUCGAGUGGAAACAAGUACACCGGUGACGAGCUGGAAAAGAUUUCAGGAAGGCCUGCACUUGUUCCAGCACGGACUGCCACCUUAUGAUGGCGGCGUUUACCACCAAGCACCUUUGCUCCUAGCCGUUUUCAACUUCCUUCCUCCAAUUUUGAUUCCAUUCCUUUUCGUGGCACUAGACUAUUGGAUAGCGCGCGGCUUGGUGGAAAUUGCAAGCUACAAGCGGAAGACUCUACAGGAAGAAGUGUGGCCCGAGCCUACAUUGAAGCCUACAUUACUAGCGCCACCGCCUUUGGAGGAAGAGAGCGAUGAAGAAGAAACGGAAACCCCCAAUCAGGAAACGGCCGGGUUGAACAGGGAUGCUCACACAGAGCAGAUAAAAGAAGCACCUAAAGGAGAUACGUUGAUACCACCUUGGCUGGUUGAUGAUCCUGCUACUCUCCUGCCGAAGAAGAGGCCAAAAGCAACCAAGAAGACUCCAUCCCAACCGCAAGAUGUUACUCGACCAGUGGAUGCGUUACUCCAAGCAGAAGACAUUGGAUCGAUCUACCUUCUAAAUCCAUUCAGCGUAAUGACGUGCCUUGCUCAAAGCACCUUAUUGUUUACAAUUUUAGCAGUCAUCCAUGGGCUCCGCUUUGCAAUUAGAGGGAACAGGAGUCUUUCCAUGCUGUGCAUAGCAAUAGCAGCGUACCUUAGUCUUUAUCCGGCAAUGAUGAUCGCACCUGCGGUCCUCAUCUUAGCUCGCAAUAGCCAUGUCGGGAUUUCCAAGGAAAUGCGGACAAGCUUGCCUCUCUUUAUCGGUUACGCUGUUGCACUCCUCGGAUUGUCGUACCUACUCAUAGGAUCAUGGCAGUUUUUGGAAUCCACCUACGGAGUCAUCUUGUUCGUUCCUGACUUGACGCCAAAUAUUGGAUUGUUCUGGUACUUCUUCAUUGAGAUGUUUGAUCAGUUCCGAACAUUCUUCCUUUGCGUAUUCCAAAUAUUGGUCUUUAUCUUCGUCGUUCCAGUUUCGAUGGUGUUCAAAAACCAUCCGCUUUUCGUAGCCUUCCUGCUUACAGCCAUCAUGGCUAUUUUUAAGUCGUACCCUUCACUAGGUGAUACCGCUUUAUAUCUCACCUUCUUAUCGAUGAACCGGGAGUUGUUUAAAUACAUGCGCCACUCCUUCCUUGUCUUUAGCGCACUGUUCUUCGCCUCCGUUUUGGGCCCGCUAUUCUAUUAUCUGUGGCUUUAUGCUGGAAGUGGCAACGCAAACUUCUUUUACGCCAUUACGCUGGUGUUUGCUUUGGCACAAGUGAUAUUGAUAACAGACACUGGAUUCGCUAUGGCAAGAAGGGAAUGGGACAGACUAAAUCCGGAUCUUAGAACGAAGAGAGUAGAACUGAUACAUCGAUAAUGAGGAGCAUCUAAGUUAGACUAUCAGUCGCGAGCAAUGCCUUGGCAAGACGCUCUUCAAUGGAAAUUUUAAGCAUACGCCGAAUCGUGCCAGGCCACCCUCAUAGAUGC